CGUUUGCCACUAGCAGCCAACCAGUCGGGCCCAAGUCCGCGGGCAAGAAGCGAUUGGGGGCGAGUGAGUUCAGCCCCGCGUUCCCCCCGCCCGGGUCCCCCCCGCCCGGGCCCGAGGCGGUAUAUCCUGCCCUCCCCGGUCACCUACCCCUCGUGGAAGCGGAGCGGCGGCCUCGCUGUAACGCAGAGGCGAAAUGUAGCGAGCCGGGUGUCGCGGCUGGACGCUCGCCUUGGCCGGGGGUGCGGGGGAGGGGGGCACGCCGGGGGCCGAGGAGGACUGCCGAGGAGGAGUGAUGAGAAGAGGGGGAACCCUGCACCCCCCGAGACCACGGGUCCCUGCUGCCACUCGCCAGGCGCCCCCCUUCCUCCCAAGCGAGAGGCAGGUGUUCCACACAGAUUCUCGUGACUUGAAGGACCAGGGAUUUGGGGCGGGACAAGGUCUUCCCAGGAAGGAAAUCUCUGGAGGAAAGGGGAAGGACAGCAGACAGUGCGCCGGGACAAGCGGAGCCGGAGGAGCUGUGGGAAGCUGAAGGAGCCCAGCCAGGGGCGCGGGCCCGAGCGGCAGCCCUAGGCCGAGGCUGCCUUCUGCAGGAUUUGAACUCAAGCUACUUUUCAUGAAAGAAGGGCCACCUCAGAGGGCGCCCCGGACUCGGCUGGGCUCUUCUACUCUGGAUGCCCCCUGCUCUGAGGACCCUGCUGCUCAGAACCAAAGAAGAUUAAGAGGCCAGAUACACUUCCCCCCGGCCCCGCGCUGGCCGGCCGGAGUCAGGUCUCUGCUCGCCUAGUGGCUAGCUGCGGAGUCUGGUGGGGAGUCUCUAGCUUCCCUCCAGCUCGCGGCUUCAGUGCUUGAUGGGGCUGCCUGUCGGGGGACCAGCGUUUGCUGCGCCUGGUAGGGCCGGAGAGCCGGGGGAAGAGGUCCCGCGGCGCCCAAGCCUGGGUUCACCCCAAGACUAAGUGCUUUCCCGACUUAGAGAGGGAGAGAGAGAAAGCAAGAAGAAAAAAAGAGAGGGAGAGAGAAAGGAAAGUUCCCCUUCCCCUCCUCCCUUCCCGUCAUGUCCUCUAAGCCAGAGCCGAAGGACGCCCACCAGCUCAACGGGACUGGCCCUACUCCCUCGCCCUGCUCUUCAGAUGGCCCCGGGCGAGAGCCCUUGGCCGGGACCUCAGAGUUCCUGGGGCCUGAUGGGGCCGGGGUGGAGGUGGUGGUGAUUGAGUCCCGGGCCAAUGCCAAGGGGGUCCGGGAGGAGGACGCCCUGCUGGAGAACGGGAGUCAGAGCAAUGAAAGUGAUGACGUCAGCACGGACCGGGGGCCCGCACCGCCCUCCCCGCUCAAGGAGACCUCCUUUUCCAUCGGGCUGCAAGUGCUGUUCCCCUUCCUCCUGGCAGGCUUUGGGACUGUGGCUGCUGGCAUGGUGCUGGACAUCGUGCAGCACUGGGAAGUCUUCCAGAAGGUGACAGAGGUCUUCAUCCUGGUGCCUGCGCUGCUGGGGCUUAAGGGGAACCUGGAAAUGACCCUGGCAUCGAGGCUGUCCACUGCAGCCAACAUUGGGCACAUGGACACACCCAAGGAGCUCUGGCGGAUGAUCACUGGGAACAUGGCCCUCAUCCAGGUGCAGGCCACGGUCGUGGGCUUCCUGGCGUCCAUCGCAGCCGUCGUCUUUGGCUGGAUCCCUGACGGCCACUUCAGUAUCCCGCACGCCUUCCUGCUCUGUGCUGGCAGCGUGGCCACGGCCUUCAUUGCCUCCCUGGUGUUGGGUAUGAUCAUGAUUGGAGUCAUCAUUGGCUCUCGAAAGAUGGGAAUCAACCCAGACAACGUGGCCACGCCCAUUGCUGCCAGCCUGGGUGACCUCAUCACCUUGGCACUGCUCUCAGGCAUCAGCUGGGGACUCUACCUGGAGCGGGAUGACUGGCAAUACAUCUACCCCCUGGUGUGCGCCUUCUUCGUGGCCCUGCUGCCUGUCUGGGUGGUGCUGGCCCGACGGAGCCCAGCCACAAGGGAGGUGUUGUACUCGGGCUGGGAGCCUGUCAUCAUUGCCAUGGCCAUCAGUAGUGUGGGAGGCCUCAUCUUGGACAAGACUGUCUCCGACCCCAACUUCGCAGGGAUGGCUGUCUUCACGCCUGUGAUUAAUGGUGUUGGGGGCAAUCUGGUAGCAGUGCAAGCCAGUCGCAUUUCCACCUUCCUGCACAUGAAUGGGAUGCCAGGGGAGAACUCUGAGCAAGCCCCUCGCCGCUGCCCCAGUCCUUGUACCACCUUCUUCAGUCCUGAUGUGAAUUCUCGCUCGGCCCGAGUCCUCUUCCUCCUUGUGGUUCCAGGACACCUGGUGUUCCUCUACACCAUCAGCUGUUUGCAGGGCGGGCACACCACGCUCACGUUCAUCUUCAUCCUCUUCUACAUGACAGCCGCACUGCUCCAGGUGCUGAUUCUCCUGUACAUCGCAGACUGGAUGGUGCACUGGAUGUGGGGCCGGGGCCUGGACCCGGACAACUUCUCCAUCCCGUACUUGACCGCUCUGGGGGACCUGCUUGGCACGGGGCUCCUAGCACUCAGCUUCCAUGUCCUCUGGCUCAUUGGGGACCGAGACACAGAUGUCGGGGACUAGCCUGGUCACUCAACCUUUCCCCCUACCCCCUGCACUUUCUGUUCGAAUUUUUUCUUUCGUUCUCCUUCCCCCACCCCACUCCACACUCCCACCUCUUUCUAGGACUUCACUUUGAUACUGAAUUCUCAUUAUUUUCAAUGGGAAUUUUUAUACAUUGAGCCAAGUUUAUAUAGCAAGAAUUCCAACAGGACAGAUGAACUGAGAUAAGCAGUACAAGUAGAUUUUUUGAGACAAUCACCAAGUGCAAUUUCAUGGUGGGUGCCUCCAGGUGGGUUGGGGCAGGGGUUUCCAUCUAGGAUCUGGGGACGUUUGGUUUAGCUUUAGCAAACUCAGUCAUGGCCCUAAUGAGAAACCCUUUGUGAGUGGGUUCUGGUUUUUUUGGGUUUGUUUUUGUUUUCUCUUUUUUUUUUUCUUUUUGAUUGAACAGAGAGAUGAGUAUCAUUUCCCUCCCCCAUCCCCCUAAAACACACACACUUUUUUCUAAAAAUGGACCAACUUCAAAGCACUAGUAAGAAGAUAGCUGCUUCUGUUCCCCUGUAACCCUAGCCCUAUCCUCGGCCCUCUGUCCCAAAAAACAGUGAGGUGGACUAACCAUUCAAAUUGUAUACACAUCCCUUACCCAAUUGCCUGAUAAACACCACCAACCCCUCCCUUUGAUCUUUUUCCCAUUGAUCGUCACAUCUGGGAAGAAAUGAGCAGGAGCCUGGUCUCUGUUGACCCAUGUCCACCAAUAGGUUUAACAAGAUCUACAUCCUCCCUGGGCCCAGAGGACCGAUUAUCUCUGUUCAAUCUUCGUGUCUCAUUGCCUCUCAAUACCACCUUUCCCAGAGCUUGCCAGGUUGGGUUCCGAGAUUAGGGACAGGGAGCGAGUACGUGGAGGAUGGCUGGGAGGCAGAGGGCAACCAGGGGUGUUUCGCUGCCACCAAGGACAUUUUAUGUGGUCACUUUAGUCUCCGUCACUUCCUGAGAUCACUCCCGCUGCCGCGCUGUGGACGGCAGGUUUCCUCUGUCUUGGCUUCUGCCCUCAUUCACCCAUUCAACAAAUAGACCGCCUCCCCAAGAGGGGCUCUUGUGCAGGCAUGGUCUGAAGCUUCCCCUGAGCAGUUGUGACGGUGCCUACCGCGUGGUAGGUACCGUGCCAGUGGCCAGGGAAACAGCUCUCCGCUCAGCUCCUUCCCCAGAUACAAAGGCCUUGCGCCCCUUCCGACCUGACGGAGAAAGUUGCCUGGCUAGAAGUGUCUGCGUCAUCAGGCCGGGUUCUGCCUCGCAAUCUCAGCUCUGUGCGGUGCCGACCCCAGCCAGAGCCCCCAGCCCUGUCGCUCCAGCAGCAGUUCAUUUCCCUGAACUACACUUCCGCACCUUUUCUUCCCUCCAUCUCUCCCCACCAGCCACCCGAAAGAGGAUUCAGACCUAGUAGGCUGGACGUCUCCGGCUGCCGGGCUCUUCUCUGCCCAGUGCAAGCUCCGGGGAACACUGGAGCCUCUGCAUCCGUCCCGCGCCCCGCCCCCGCCCCCGUUGCUCUGACCAGAUCAGAAAUCUGUCCACACUCGCAUGUGUGCCAAUCUGAGCGUUCGGAUGCAGGUUUUUUCCUAGCCUCUCCACGCACGGCCUCCCCAUCGACCCUCCUCUCUGUAGUGGAAAGGGCCCACCUCCAGGGGCAGGCUAGGCAGUGACCCUCGCUCCUCCCAGCCCCACGCCUCAUCCUGAGACCUUGGCUGGGACCUCCAGAGACUCCACCCACGCCACCUUCUGGAGUCUUCGAAUUGGCAGGAAUGGUAGAGGCUAUGUAGUUGGGGCCGGGGCUGGCAGAGUUCAUUAACACCAGCCCAGGCUUGUUUCUGCUCUUCCCUCAGGCCCUCUUUCAGCUUGCCCUCCACCUCCCAACACAUCUGCACACACACACUCUUCUUGUACAGGCACCGAAACCAGCGCCCCUGCCCCUGAGGCUGUGCCCCCCUGUGUUCUCCUGGAGACCUGGAGCCUCCUCCGUUGCUGAAAAAACAGGAAGGCGGGCGUGCCCCAAGCCCCGAGCGUGUGAGCAGAGGGAGGACCACGGGGUGAGAGGGAAAGAAAAUGAAGUGGACUUUCACGGAAGAUUCAUUUCUUUUCCCCUCUCCCCGAUUGCACAGACUGCAUGUACUUUUGGCCUGGCUGCAAGGAGCAACAUUGGUUUACUCUUGUAUCCUUAAAAAGUUACAGAACUGUGUCUUAAGAGAAUUAUUUAUAGUUACUAUAACUGAAUUGACAAAUGUCAACGUAACUGAUAAAUUAUAUUUGGUAAAAUAAAGAGGACGUUUAUUUA